AUGUCUGCUGUAACGUCUGCGUCUCUCUGCUGGACUUUGCUUCCUGUCUGCCUCCUGCUCGUCUCUGCAGAGCAGAAGAACAUCACAGCUGAGUGUGGACAGAACGUCACUCUGACGUGUCGAGCUCCAAACAACAACACCAUCACAGGUGUAGAGUGGAGCAGAGCUGACCUGGAGCCAGAAUAUCUCCUUGUUUACAGAGAUGGACAGUUUGUUCCAGAUAACCAGCAUCCAUCCUUUAAGAACCGCGUGGAUCUGCAGGACAGACGGAUGAAGGAUGGAGACGUGUCUGUGAUCCUGAAGGAUGUGACGGUUAAUGAUGCUGGAACAUACGAGUGUCGAGUCGUCCAGAGAGGAACAAACCGCUGGAAGAGAGCUAACCUGAAGACUGCCCCCAUCAGCAUCAUCACCCUGAGAGUUGUUGCUCCUCCUCCAGACCAGAAGAACAUCACAGCUGAGACCGGAGAGACUGUCACUCUGACAUGUCGAGCUCCAAACAGCAAAAGCACUGAUGUUGUAAACUGGAGCAGAGCUGACCUGGGAGAAGAAUAUGUCCUUUUGUACCGGGAUGGUCACUUUGAUACAGAUAACCAGCAUCCAUCCUUUAAGAACCGGGUGGAUCUGCAGGACAGACAGAUGAAGGAUGGAGACGUGUCUGUGAUUCUGAAGAACGUGAUGAUUAAUGACACUGGAACAUAUGAGUGUCGCAUUUUCAUGUCAGGAACAAAUGAAUUUGUCAGCAUCAUCUACCUGAGAGUUGUUGAUCCUCCUCCAGAGCAAAAAAACAUCACAGCUGAGUCUGGACAGAACGUCACUCUCACAUGUCGAGCUCCAAACAAUAAAAAUGGCAAUAUCACAGUUGUAAAGUGGAGCAGAGCUGACCUGAAGCCACAAUAUGUCCUUUUGUACCGGAAUGGACACUUUGAUUCAGAACACCAGCAUCCAUCCUUUAAGAACCGGGUGGAUCUGCAGGACAGACAGAUGAAGGAUGGAGACGUGUCUGUGAUCCUGAAGAAUGUGACGAUUAAUGACACUGGAACAUACGAGUGUCAUGUUGUCCAGAGAGGAACGAACAAUGACCCCAGCAUCAUCUACCUGAGAGUUGUUGCUCCUCCUCCAGACCAGAAAAACAUCACAGCUGAGUCUGGACAGAACGUCACUCUGACAUGUCGAGCUCCAAAUCACAGCAUCGACAUUGUAGAGUGGAGCAGAGCUGACCUGAAGUCACAGCAUGUCUUUGUAUGCUGGGAUGGUCAGGUUCUUCCAGAAGAGCAGCAUCCAUCCUUUAAGAACCGAGUGGAUCUGCAGGACAGACAGAUGAAGGAUGGAGACGUGUCUGUGAGUCUGAAGAAUGUGACGUUUAAUGAUGCUGGAACAUACGAGUGUCGUGUCCAGAGCGAGGAUGACAGUGUGGAGCUCAUCAGCAUCAUCUACCUGAGAGUUGUUGUUCCUCCAGGUUCAGGAGGAGGAACCACAGAGGAUGGAGGGAAGGAGGAAGGAGGGAAGGAGGACAGAGGAUCUGUUGGACUGAUCGUUGGUCUGUCAGUUGCUGCUGUGUUUCUUGUUGCUGCUGCUGUUUUUGUGAUCUAUAGAAAGCAGGAUAAAAAGUCUCAGACUGUUGUGUAG